UGUCCAAUUUGAGAUGAAUGAUGGCCGAUCUCGGUUUUGGUUUUAUGCUCAAGAUUUUACAUUAUGUACAUGCCGUAAUAGCUCGGUAUAGAGUAGUGGCUUUAAUUUGCAAUCCUACUCACUCCAAUGGAGAAACCUUGCUAUCACAAAUUUAUCCAACUAUUCGAAUCACAGAUACCAUCUCAACCCAAUCGUACCAGUGCAGAUCUGUACUGAAUAGAAUGCACGGUCGAGAUUCAACUCUAUCUCCCAAUCUCAGAACAUCGCCAGGACCAUCGACGGAAUGGGUUUUGUACAUGUCGAAGAUGUCCAAGGUCAACACUCACCUGAAAAUGGAUUUGUUGAUUUAUUGUCAGGUCGGCCUGAUGGUGAGGGCUUUAGAUCUUUUAACGUGAACAGUCUUUCCUCUGAUCAUAUAACAACGCCUACGGGCAUGAGAGAGGAAAUUCUGCUUUUAUCCUGGCUCAUCGUGCUUUUACGAACCCGGGAAGAAGGGAGCCAGAUAUCUUAUGAUUGGGCUUACAAAAGUAGAGAGGAUAGUUUCGAGCUUGAGCUCGUGAAAGGGCGUCUCUCACUAGAUGAAGUAACGACGGGAUUACAGAAUACUGUCGGACAAGCUACUUCGGAAAUUUCAUAUCAUAUCUCGAGAGUUGCAUCAAGUCAGGAUGCCGCCAUUUCCAGUCCUGCCUCGCUUCUUUUGAGUACUAGUGCUUUAUGCCAAACGUCUGAAGAGGAGAAAGAUGAAGUGAGCACACGAUCCAUAUAUGUUACCACAUCGCUGACUAUGGUGAGAAAAGGGUAUUCUCCACCUCGAAAUACGUUUCGUCAAUGACCUUCUGGAAAUCCGACCCGUAUGGUACACGGAAACCAUGCUAGAAUUUACAGUUACACACUUCGUCGAGACACUCGUCGAUACUAUCAAACUGUGCAUUUCAAAUCCUGAUACUGUUAUUCAAGACUGUGUUUGCCCAACCACACGUGAUUUGAACGAGAUAUGGCGAUGGAAUCACCAACUUCCUCCAACCUACAGCUCUUGUAUGCACGACAUAGUUUCUGAACGAGCUAAAAUGUCACCUGAAAAGGUAGCAAUCGAUUCCUGGGACGGUACUUUGACAUACGCUCAAAUCGAUCAAUAUUCCACUUUCCUAGCGUGCUCUUUAAGAGAAAUGGGUGUCAACUUACAUGAUGUCCUACCUGUGUGUUUUGAGAAAUCAAGAUGGACAAUCGUAGCCGUACUUGCGGUGAUGAAAGUUGGGGCGACUUUGUUGAUGACUGACCCAACGCUUCCUCUUGCCCGCCUUCAAAAUAUGGCAGAACAAGUAAACGCAAAAGUAAUAAUAACGUCUCGCGAUCAAUUGGAGUUUUCAAAGUCGAUCCUUCCAAAUGGAAAGGUGAUAGUCGUGGAAGAAGAUACAUUCACACAUCUUUCGAAUUUACCAAUUAGACCACAGUUAGAAGCUGUACCGCCAUCCGCCCUAAUGUACAUAAUAUUCACCUCUGGCAGCACAGGUACCCCAAAAGGAGUCAUGCUUUCUCAUGAGACAUAUACAAGUAGCGCAAUUCCUCGAGCGAAAGCAGUUGGCUAUACGGAAGAGUCCAGGGUUCUUGAUUUUGCAGCUUACGCUUUCGAUGUCAGUAUUGACAGCAUGCUAUUGACUGUUGGAAAUGGUGGAUGCCUUUGUAUACCGUCGGAUGAGGAUCGACUGAACGACAUAAAUGGAGUGAUGCGGAAAAUGCGAGUCAAUUAUGCAGGCUUAACCCCAUCAGUUGCUAGAAUUCUGGACUCCGAUGUCAUAAAAUCGCUUAGCGGUCUGGGACUCGGAGGAGAGGCGUCGUCAGUCAGAGAUGUUACCAUUUGGGGCCAGGACACCAGGAUUAUUAUAGGCUACGGCCCUUGCGAAUGUACCAUCGGGUGUACCAUAAACAGCGACACUGCUACUGGUAGAAAUUAUAUCUCCAUUGGAGAAGGAAACGGAGCUGCUAUAUGGAUUACCAACCCUGACGACCAUGAACAGCUGGUGCCAGUCGGCGCUGUAGGCGAAUUACUCGUCGAAGGGCCAAUUGUAGGACAAGGCUACUUGAAUGACCCUGUAAAAACUGCAGCAUCUUUCAUCAAAGAUCCCUCGUGGCUGACUGCAGGUCACAACGGAUAUCCUGGUCGUCAAGGACGGCUGUAUAAGACUGGAGAUCUCGGAAAAUACGAUCCUGACGGUUCUGGAGGCAUUUUGUUCGUUGGAAGGAAAGAUACACAAGUCAAAUUGCGUGGACAGCGUGUUGAGCUUGGUGAGAUUGAAAGUCAGCUUAUGGCCAGGUUGCCUUCAGAAUUCAGCGUGAUUGCCGAGGUGAUUGUGCCCCAGGGGCUUGGAGACCAACCUACCUUGGUUGCAUUUAUCGGUCUACAGCAAAAGAAGGGACAAGAGAGUACUGAUAUAACAUCAAUUCAGCUUCCUGAGGAGCUGAGUCAACGGCUAUCAAAAGCCAAUACAGAAUUGACUAAGGUUUUACCGCGAUACAUGAUACCAACCGCGUAUAUACCAGUCAACUACAUUCCCGUUCUGAUCUCAAGCAAGAUUGAUCGGAAACGACUUCGGCAAUUUGGUGCGACCGUAGACUUGAGGGACGUGAAUGAAGAAACAGCCCGUAACAACAACACCUCUCGGGAGUUGACUGACAUUGAGAAAAGUUUGCGACAGGCUUGGGGUCAGAUAUUGAAGCUUGAUGCAGAAUCCAUCCGACUCGACGACAAUUUCUUUGCACUAGGUGGAGACUCUUUGGCGGCAAUGAAACUCGUAACCGUUUGUAGAGAUGAAGGCCUCGAACUCAGUGUCAUCAAUACUUUUGGCCACCCCACGCUCUCAGCGAUGGCUGAAGUCCUACACAUUUACAACUCACAAGCAGAGAAGGAAACACCUGCGUUCUCAAUGAUUUCUCAACCUGCUGAAAGUGCUUGUCUCGAGGCAUCACAGAUCUGUGGAACAGAUCAGACAGCCAUCGAGAACAUAUAUCCCUGUACACCUACGCAGGAGUCUUUAUUCACAUUUGCGCUCAAGUCAACCGAGGUAUAUGUUGCUCAGAGAGUCACAUGUAUUCCAUCACAUAUUGACCUUGAUGUCUGGAAGAGAGCAUGGGAGGAUGUCGUUGCGGCAAUUCCUAUUCUUCGGACUCGGGUGGCUCAACUUCAAGAGCCUGGCCUUCAGCAAGUUAUCCUCAAAGAAGGCAUCUCCUGGAGAACUUCAACUAAUCUAGAGCAAUAUCUCGAAAGUGAUCGCAACGAGAGAAUGGAUUUGGGACACAGCUUAGCUCGAUAUGCUAUUUUAAAUCAGCCAGAUGAUGAGAACCGAUACAUGGUCUGGACUAUUCAUCACGUAGUUUACGAUGGAUGGUCAGAGCCGUUAUUGUUGAAGGCAGUCAGCAAUAUUUUGCAAGGUCAAAAUAUCGAGAUGCAGGCAUAUAUGAGUGGCUUUGUCAAAUAUGUGCGUGAUACUGAUGAAGUCGCCAUGCAAGACUUUUGGCGGCGUGAGUUGGAAGAUGCCGUUGGACCACAAUUUCCACGUUUGCCUUCUAGAGACUACUUGCCAACUCCAGAUGCAAAUCUGGAGAUCACCAUAACCCUUGACAGGAGCACCAAGUCGCCAUUCACAAUGGCAACGUUAAUUCGUGGUGCAUGGGCGCUCGUGGCUUCGCAAUAUACAGGAAGCGACGAUGUGGUAUUUGGCGAGACUCUCGCAGGUCGAGAUAUCUCGUUGAAGGGCGUCGAAAGUAUUGUUGGUCCAUUAAUUGCAACAGUACCUGUUCGCAUAAGCGUCAGCCGAUCAAGCUCUAUUGAGGCUUAUUUACAGAGUGUGCAACAAAGCAUGCUGGCCCGCAUACCAUAUCAGCAUAUGGGGAUGCAGAAUAUUAGAAAAGUCAGCCAAGAUGCUCAGCAUGCUUGCGAAGCUGGAACGGGAUUGGUUAUCAAUUCGGAGCCAGAAUACGUGGGAAGUGACCUCGGAUUUAAAUCAGGGGAUGUUGAACUUGAAUCACUUCAUUUCAACCCUUAUCCGCUAAUGUUGGCCUGUGGAAUACGUAAAAAUGGGUUCAGGAUCUGCGCAAAUUUUGAUAGCAGCCUGGUUGAGAUCUCGCAAAUGGGACGAAUGCUACACCAACUGAGAAUGGCUUGUUCACAAUUAACCAAAGAUCUUUCUAGAAAGAUCGAGGAGGUAUCAUGUCUUCCUGAGGCGGAAUUAGACCAAAUCUGGCAAUGGAACCAAACUCCUCCAUUAUCCCUAGAUAAGUCAUCCAAAAGGAUUCGAGCAGGUCCAAGCAUCAAGCAAGGAUCAAUUUAUCCUCCGGCGGUAGUUUCUUGGGUAUGUGAUCCACGGAAUCCAUCUCUACUGUCGCCUAUUGGCUGCAUUGGUGAGCUCUGGCUUGAAGGGGCUUUCUUUGCGGAGGAGACAGUUGCAUCUCCGUCCUGGCUCGUUGCUGGAAGUUCUACAUACGGCGGUCGAACUGGCAGAGUGCAACCCACAGGCGAUAUGGUUCGACUACUACAAGACAAAAGUUUAGUAUUUGUUGGUCGAAAGGAGAAUGUUAUGCCGGUUCAAGGACAUGCAAUAGAUAUCACGGAACUCGAAGCCCAUCUGGCCAAAUAUCUUCCACAAGCGGUGCGUGCCGGUGCGGCAGUAUAUCAAUCAUUACCAGAUGACUCCCAACAAAGCUCAAAGCAAGAGCUGUUGGUCUUCGUAGAACAGCAGUCUUCCGACGAAUAUGUUGAGAUUCUGCUAGCAGAGCAUAAAAUAAUUUGCGAUGCCUCGGAUUUACAAAGUUUCAAGGCGACCAUCUGUACCAAGAUCUCCUUGGACCUUGCUCUACCACUCAAAAAACUCAACAAAUUCAUUCAAGAUUCACUCCCAUCAUACAUGAUGCCAUUUGCGUAUAUCGUAAUUGACAAAAUGCCGACUAAAAUGAAAGACGUUGAUCAUAGUUUGCUAAAUCAGUUAGCCUCAAAAAUUCCCCGAACCGUACUCUCCGAGCUUCGUCAAGGAUUUAAAGAGAUCUGGUCAAACAACUCUGCGAAACAGAAUUUGACGCCUUCAGAAAACAUUCUCCAGGCUGCAUGGGCCAAUAUCCUUAGAAUCCCGUCAGAAAAAAUUGAUGUUGAUGAUAACUUUUUCCGUCUUGGUGGCGACUCUGUCAUGGCAAUGAAAUUGGUGUCAAGUCUUCGUAUGCAAAGCCAUGGCCUAACAGUGGCCGAUAUCUUUCAACACAUGCGUCUUGGCGAUGCUGCCAGAGUACUAAAAGUAGGCCAAGUAUCGAUGAAUAAGGUUCAGCCUUACGAGCCAUUCUCGACACUGAACAUCUCAGACAUCAAGUCAUUCUUGUCAGAUGUUGUCCAGCCGAAGCUUGCAAAACAAAACUGGUCUAUUCGAGAUGUGUCUCCAGUGACCGACUCUCAAGCCCUGGAUAUAAGAGGAACUAUCCAAUCACUUCGCACCUCAAUACAAUACACUAUGCUGUACUUUGACGAAAGAAUCGAUCGUCAACAACUAUUUCGCGCAUGCAAAGCGCUCGUUGAGACUCAUGAAAUCUUACGUACCGUUUUCAUUGAAUAUGAAUCAAACUUCUUUCAAGUUGCCGUUGAUGAGCUAGAUACGCUGGAUAUCACUACGCUACGGGCCAACAAGGACAUUGAGCAAUACGCCAAGGAACUCUGCACGACGGAUAUUCAAUCAGGCUUUGAGCUUGGAUCCUCGUUCCUCAAGAUACUACAUGCUGAAGGCAGCGAUGGUAAAGAAUGCCUCAUUCUAGGAUUGUCUCACGCCCUGUAUGAUGGCGUUUCCUUGCCCAUACUCCUCCGAGAUUUGGAAGUUCUCUACAAAGGAGAAAAGGUCGUCGAUUUUGAACCUUUCUCAACAUACAUGGCACGAAUUUGCAAUACGCAUACACGAACUACCGCUAUCAAUUACUGGAGCAAUCUUCUCAAUGGCUCAUCUUUAUCUGUUUUGAAGGGAAAAUCAGCACAACCUACAGACAAAGCAGUCUUCCAAGCAAAAUCAGUCGAUGUCUCUCAACGUCCCGAAGAGAUUACUACGGCAAACUUGCUUACUGCAGCAUGGGCACUAGUGCUAGCACGUCGUCUCCAGAAACCAGAUGUAACAUUUGGUAGCAUUACCUCAGGACGGAACAUUGACCUAGCUGGUGCGGAGAAUGUUGUAGGUCCAUGUUACCAAUUCACACCAACUCGCGUCUCAUUCGAAUCCCAAUGGACAGCCAUGAAUUUGUUGAGAUGUGUCCAAAAGCAAAGUGCUGAAUCUGCUGCCUAUGAUUUCCUCGGCUUCGAUAAAAUCUCCAAGCAGUGCACUCAGUGGUCAUCUGACUCUGAGGCACAAUUCUUCGACUCCGUUGUUCAUCAUCAGGACUGGGAUGAUUUCGACACCAUGCAUUUUGCAGGAGGGGAAUGCAAGGUGGAUAUUCUCAAUCCGCAUGGAGAUGCGGCUACCCCUUUUAAGGCCGUCACGUUCGUUAAAGAAGGGCAAAUGUAUGUUGGGGUGGUGGGAAGUGAAAGGGAUUCAAUGUUUGUGGAUACGGUUCUUGAUGAAUUGGCUGCUACUAUUCAGGAAUUGGCGAAUAGUCGGUCAGGAUUGUUGCUUGAUGGCCAAAUGUUUUAAUUUUUGGGUUGGAUAUAGUGAGUUGCAUUGAUUGAAAUGGGUUGGCAUAUAUAUAUAUAUAUAUAUAUCAAUUUUAUAUACAGGUGAUAAAUAAAGAUACACAUGGGAUAUGUGAGAAGCGAGUUUCUUCUAAUGUGGCCCAGUGAACUCAAGGUGCUUCUUCACCAAGUAUCAGAUGCUAUCAUCAGAAGCAACAAUAAUACUACCGUAAUUUGGCCCUUCAGCUCAAUUGCAACCUCACAUUCGCAGAUUUUCCAUCA